ACCAAAUAUUCUCUUCACCCAUCUUCAUCACAAUUCGACACGAACAUCUUGAAGUUCGCAAGUCUACGCAACCUUCUUCAAUACUAUCGAAAAUCACCACCUUUCAACAUGGCCGUUGACCACUCAAAGAUUCCCAUUACUCUCCCAGUCCCAGUCGACGAUGGACUUACCUCUCACCUCCUAGGAUCUCUCGUUGACAAAGACUUGGUUUUGACAUCAACCAAGGAUGAGUUCAUCAAGCUGAGCGCCUUGCCCGGUCUCACGAUCCUGUUCUGCUUUCCUCGUACUGGCGCCUCUGGCGAGACCCCUUCGCAAGAAUGGAACAACACACCUGGCGCACGUGGCUGCACGGCUGAGGCGUCCUCCUACCGCGAUGACUACUCGACGCUCAAGGACUUGGGCGUUAGCGCAGUCUUCGGCUUGAGCACACAAGACACUGCAUUUCAAAAGGAGACCAAGGAGCGAUUGAAGUUGCCAUAUGAUUUGCUGAGCGACGAGAAGCUUGAGUUUGUGGAGGCUCUGAAGAUGCCGAUCUUUGAAUGGGAGGGGAAACCUUUGAUCAAGAGAUGCACAAUUGCGCUCAGAGAUGGGAAGAUUGAGCAUGUUUGGUACCCGGUUUUCCCGUCCAACGAGAACUCUACUGAGGUAGCCAAAUGGCUGAAGACCACCAAGAAAGACUAGGGACAACAUGUAGACAUAUGGAUUUGCAGUAAGGUGGUGUAAUUGGGACACUCUUCACUCUUUACAGUUUUUGUUGUUAUGUCAUCGCUUGCAGCCUCGCAAUUAGUGACAAGUGUUUUCUUGUCACCAAGAUCUUACCAGUCUUUGCAUGCAAUGUGGUAUUUUUGUCUUCUAUACUUGUAAAUAUCUCUUCUCUGUCAGUUCUCAGACGUCAAAUGCUUUGGUAACUAGCUUUCUGCUGG